UUCAGGUCGUUGGAGAAAGAGGAGUCUGACCUAUCGUAUCUACAACUACACACCUGACAUGAAGCAGGCAGACGUCAAGGCAGCCAUUCGUUCUGCCUUCAAGUACUGGAGCGAUGUGGCAGCUCUGAUCUUCAGAGAGCUGGACUACGGCCGCGCGGACAUAAAAAUCUCCUUCCACAAGAAAGACGGCUUCUGUCCUGUUCCAUUUGACGGUCGUGGUCACGUUCUGGCCCAUGCUGAGUCACCAGAGUCUGGUAUCGUUCACUUUGAUGAAGAUGAGGUGUGGACAGAGGGAUCUUACUAUGGAACCAACCUGCGUAUUGUAGCCGCCCACGAAAUAGGCCAUGCCCUUGGUCUGGGUCACUCUCAGUACAGAAGUGCUCUGAUGGCACCGGUCUACUCUGGUUACCGUGCCAACUUCAGGCUGCAUUCAGAUGAUGUGAAUGGUAUCCAAGUUCUGUAUGGUGAGCAGACUGUUAUUACUCUGACAGUUGGUAUGUAACUGAACAUGUUAGCUGACAUUUCAUUCAUUCCUACAGGCAAUAAGAGUCUGAUCAUAGUGACCAGGGUUCAGACCCAGUUGUUCCAG